UUGGGACAAACACAAAUACCACAGGUACAGUACUCUCGCUCUGCCAAAACCUACAGGAUCGUACUUAGUGCUACUAACACAGCCAUCUUAGAACAUGAACUGAUCACAAGACACCAUGGCCGAGAGAAGACAGACCACUGUGACACCAAGAGAGUGCUACAGUCAUUACCAGACCAUUUGUGGGCUAGUGGACCUACAGAUGUUGGACUCACUGAUUGUGCCCCUAUCACCUUUUCUGUAAAUACAAACACUCCUUUGUGGGUAAGGCAGUACCCACACAAACCUCAGGCAGAAGCAGGCAUUAAAGACACCAUAGAAGGUCUGUUAGAUCAAGGUGUCCUUGAAAUGUCACAAUCCAGCUGGAACACCCCAAUCUUACCAGUAGAAAAGAAAGGGACAGGUAAAUAUCGUAUGGCUCAUGAUCUUAGAGCUAUUAACAACAUACUUACAACCUCCACGGUACCAGUUCCUAACCCUUAUGUGGCCCUGGCUAACUUAGAUCCCUCACAAAGUUGGUUUUCCUGUAUUGAUCUGGCCAAUGCUUUCUUUUGUCUCCCGCUCGCUGAAGAAUGUAGGGACAUUUUCUCAUUCACGUUCCAGGGACAGCAGUUGCGAUACACCAGACUGCCACAAGGCUUUGCACUGUCCCCAGGCCUAUUUAACCAAGCCCUUAAACAGGCACUGACAGACUGCUCACUCCCAGGCGGCGUGUCUCUCAUUCAGUAUGUUGAUGACUUGUUGAUAGCUGCUCCCACCUCCACAGCAUGUCUCAUUGCCACACGUUCAGUCCUGCAGCACUUGGCAGACAAAGGGUUUAAGGUUAGCAAACCUAAGCUACAAGUAGCACGAAAACAGGUUUCCUUCCUAGGCCGUAUGGUAUCACAAAAGGGGGUCAGCAUGUCCCCUGAUCAUAGGUCCUCUAUUUUACAUCACCCUCAGCCUGGAAAGGUAAAAGACAUGCUCUCGUUUUUAGGACGGACAGGAUACAGUCGUAACUACGUAGCCAACUACACUGGACUGACACAACCGCUGCGGGACCUUGUGAAAGAACAGGGCAUGCGUAAUCUCAAUGCCAAGCUUGCCUGGACUCAGGAAGCAGAGACAGCUUUCAUCACCCUUAAACAGUCACUUGCAACCGCAGCAGGGUUGGCUACACCAGACUAUCACCUCCCAUUUCAUCUUGAUGUCUCUGUAACAGACAACUGCAUUAAUGGCGUUCUGUUCCAGAGAAAAGGGGGAGAUAGGAUAAUACUGAUGUACGUUAGUGUGAUGCUAGACAACAUGGAAAAAAGACAUCCAGACUGCACACAACAUGCAGCAGGGAUAGCAAAACUGAUACAAAAAACUGCACACAUAGUGAUGGGUCACCAGCUAAAUGUCCUCACAACACAUAGUGUGGUGGCUUACGUCAACUCAGAGACAUUCACACUCACAACACUGAGACAGAGACGACUGAGCAAAAUCCUAGAGGCGCCUAACAUCUCAUUCACGCACGAAGGGAUCAACAUGGCAGACCAAAUAGGGACAGGAGAGCCACACCAGUGCGUUGACAGAAUCAUCAAAGAGGAAAAAGUCAGAGCAGACUUACAAGCCACACCAAUUGAGGGAGCCAGAGACCUGUUUACUGACGGUUGCUGCUACAGACAUGAGACAGACGGACUCAGAGCAGCCUAUGCAGUAGUAGAAGACAGAGGAGGACAGCUAGUGACCCAAAAGGCAGAAAACCUAGAGGGACAGCAGUCAGCUCAGAGAGCAGAAGUAGUAGCAGUCAUUGAGGCCCUAAAACUAGGAGAGGGACAGGAAGUUAACAUUUACACAGACUCAGCAUACGCAGCAGGAGCAGUGCAUGUAGAGUUAGGGCAAUGGUUGAGAGCAGGAUUUUUGACAGCAAGUAACAAACCAAUCAGACAUGAGACUGAGAUGAAAGAGUUGGCAGAAGCAUUGUUGCUUCCCAAAAAAGUAGCAGUCAUAAAAUGUAAAGGACAUAAUACAGGGACAGACAGAGUGACACAGGGAAACAAUGCAGCUGACCAAGCAGCAAAACAGACCGCAGGAUAUUUAGACAGAACAGAAAAGACUGUACUUAUGUGUUCAGAGACUGAACUGCAGCCAGAAAUCAACAUGACCAGAGUAAUUGAGUUACAGAACAAAGCCUCUCCACAGGAGAAAUCCCUUUGGAAAGCCAGAGGGUGCACAGAGACUGAUGGACUAUGGAGAGGGCCAGAUGGCAGACCUAUCCUACCUCCAGGACUGAGACAGACAGCCAUGGAAGAAGCUCAUGGGGUGGGACAUGUGGGCGUUGCCCAGAUGAUGAGAAAUCUUGAUAAUUGGUGGCAUCUAUUUCUAAAAGACAUGGCUCAGUACUUGAUCAAAACAUGUGAACAAUGUACAAAGUUUAACACCAGACCAACUAUCAGACCAGAACUGGGAAGGUACCCCCUGGAGGCCAAACCAGGAAAAGAGAUUAUCAUAGACUAUACAGAUAUGAUAGACUCAGUCAGGGGUUACAGGUAUGUACUGAUGUGUGUAGACGCAUACACAGGAUGGCCAGAAGCUUGGCCAACAAAAAAGGAGGACAGUAAAUCAGUAAUAAAGUUCCUGGUAAAUCAAUAUAUCCCCAGACAUGGUUUUCCUGAGAAAAUCAGGUCAGAUAAUGGCACCCAUUUUAAGAACCAAGAUCUCCACGCUUUUGGUACAGUAUAUCAUCCUCAAUCACAAGGUAAAGUGGAAAGAAUGAAUCAAACUGUCAAAACAAGAUUGGGCAAAAUCUGUGCACAGACCAAAUUAAAUUGGCUAGAUGCUCUACCACUAGCUCUGAUGUCUAUCAGAAGCUCAGUAAAUCAAACCACGAGGUUUACCCCACACGAACUGCAGACGGGGAGGGCUUUCCCCGGACCACAUUCCAGACCCUCUCUUGCUACAUGUGAUGACCAGAACCUAACCUUUAAAGCUUAUUUUCACGAACUGCAGGGCUUAGUGUCAGCCUUCUCCAAACAGGUCACCAGCCUGCAGGAAUCUGCACAGUCAUCUCCACCACCAGAGGCAGAGUGGGUCUUGCUGAAGGUCAUCAAAAGGAAGUGGUCAGAGCCUCGGUGGACGGGUCCAUUCCAGGUGACGGAGAGAACCUCGCACGCCGUCCGACUACGAGGAAAGGGGGACACCUGGUUUCACUGGAGCCAGUGCACAGCAGCUGAGGAGCCACAACGUUCCCUGAAGGAGAUCCAGACAGAUCUACAAGAAAAGUCCACCUCAACAGAAGGGGCAGAAUAA